GCAAACCCAGAACCAGUCAAAAAAUUUCUUCCCAAUUCAAGUAGUAAAAGUAUUGUCGUCCAAAACAAAUAUAAAAACAAUUCUAAAACCAGAACCAAAGCCAAAUCAACUUCUCAUCCACAGAUAAUCGAUUCCUGAAUGAUUUAUAUGAGUAAUUGAUUCGAGAAAUCUGUCUUCCCUUCUCUGCUUUCAGCCGUCGCUCUCGCCCCUGGUAUUUGGUUCGAUGUCAUGGCACUUCAAUGCUUCACUUGGACUAGAGAACUCUUGGGUUCAUUAUUCAAUAUAAUAUGUAAAGAUGAAGAAGAUUUUGCAGAAACUUUCGGACGUUUGCCAGAUUGUCUUAUUAUUGAUAUCCUGAGUAGACUUCCAUUAGAUUGCCUUGUUAGAUUUCGAAGGGAUUGUAGGGAUUUGAGAGCUUUGAUCUCAUCACACUAUUUUGCCACCGUACAUCUCAGUAGAGCUACUAGAUCACCUAUGCUGCUCAUACAUGAUUAUUACAAGAGUAUCAAGAACGUGCAGCAAUUAUAUGUGUUUGGUGCUGAACAUCUUUAUGGGAAGAAUGUGUUCAGGAAACUUCAUCUCAGGCCUGAGCUUAUGAUCAAUAAUAAGCACUGGGAAAAACCCCCAACUCUUCAAUGCUCUUGUCAAGGAGUUCUUCUGUUUGCUGAUCCCAUGUACCCUAUUUAUUAUGCUUUGAACCCGAUAACACAAGAGGAAGUAACCAUAAAACAUAUGCCAAAACCCGGAAAAUCGUGUGCUCUUUAUUUUUGUCCAUUAACAAGACAAUUCAAACUUCUUUAUGUACAAGCACAAGGGAGUUUGUGUCAGUAUUUUGUAUACAUUUUGAAGACACAAACGUGGAGGAAAAUCCAUUCGUCGUCCACUUUCAACUUUUUGCCAUAUCGUAACUCUCACGCGGUUGUUAAUGGAGCAUUGCAUUGGAUUAUGUAUACUGAUUUUGAAGAAGAAGGGAUUCCUCCUUGUGCAAAUGGAAUCAUGGUAUAUAGAAUGGAUAAGGAAGAACUCUCUACUAUGCCUCAUCCUGGAAGUGUGUGUACCUCAAAGAAAGUGCAUACAACUAUGACUCUUUUAGUGAAGGAAAACCAUUUGUCUUUUUGUCACUUGCUUGUCUCUGAAUAUGCAGUGGAUAUAUGGAUCUUGGAAGACUAUGAAAUGAGGGCAUGGAACAAAAGGUACAAGGUUAAUCUCUUUGACGAGAAAAUUUUUCCUUUUAGUUUGCCUUACACUCGGCCCGGGUCGGCAUACAUAGACGUGUAUUGGUGGAUAAUGCUUAUUAACAUCCAAGGCGGUGAACUUCUCUUUUACCUGCGCGAUAGAGGUUUAUUUUCUUAUAAUUUAGAUCAUAAAACUGUGAAGAUACUUGAAUUGCCGCAACUGAAAAGGUUCUAUGUUUGUAGGACUUAUAUAAACAGCCUACUGGCAAUAGCUUAACUCUCCUCGCUUUUUAUUGUUAUUCUUAAUCUUUCUAAUUUUGGUGCUUUGUUAAGUUAUCAAAUACCGUUCUUAG